UCCGCCGCCGCAGGGAGACCGAGGCGGCUCUGCGGUCGCCGCUCCUUCGCCGCCUUCCCCCUCCCGCCGGAGUGCCCUGGCCGCUGCCGGUGGCGACGCUACCCUGGGUGGGAGGCGCGGUCCCGCGGCAGCUGAGCCCUCGGCGCGGCGCAGCCAGUCCUCCCGCCCGCGCGGCGCCGUGACAGGUGCAGGCUCCCCGCCCGAGACCCACCUGCAGGGGCCGUCGAGAUGCCCACCAUGCGGAGGACGGUGUCCGAGAUCCGCUCUCGCGCCGAAGGUUAUGAGAAGACAGAUGAUGUUUCAGAGAAGACCUCGCUGGCUGACCAGGAGGAAGUGAGAACCAUAUUCAUCAACCAGCCCCAGCUGACAAAAUUCUGCAACAACCACGUUAGUACUGCAAAGUACAACGUGCUCACAUUCCUCCCGAGAUUCCUCUACUCUCAGUUCAGAAGAGCGGCUAAUUCGUUCUUUCUCUUCAUUGCCCUGCUCCAGCAAAUACCCGAUGUGUCACCAACAGGUCGAUACACAACCCUGGUUCCUCUCUUAUUUAUUUUAGCUGUGGCAGCUAUCAAAGAGAUAAUAGAAGACAUUAAACGACACAAAGCUGAUAACGCUGUGAACAAGAAACAGACACAAGUUUUGAGAAAUGGUGCUUGGGAAAUUGUUCACUGGGAAAAGGUAAAUGUUGGAGAUAUAGUUAUAAUAAAAGGCAGAGAGUAUAUACCUGCUGACACUGUCCUUCUCUCGUCAAGUGAGCCCCAGGCUAUGUGCUACAUCGAGACAUCCAACUUAGACGGCGAAACGAACCUGAAAAUUCGACAAGGCUUACCAGCAACAUCGGAUAUCAAAGACAUUGACAGUCUCAUGAGGAUUUCUGGCCGAAUUGAAUGUGAAAGCCCAAAUCGACAUCUCUAUGACUUUGUUGGGAACAUAAGGCUGGAUGGACAUGGCACUGUUCCCCUGGGAGCAGACCAGAUCCUUCUUCGUGGUGCUCAGUUAAGAAAUACCCAGUGGGUUCAUGGGAUAGUUGUCUACACCGGACAUGACACCAAACUGAUGCAGAAUUCCACAAGUCCACCACUCAAACUCUCCAAUGUGGAACGGAUUACGAAUGUGCAAAUUCUGAUCUUAUUCUGCAUCCUAAUCGCCAUGUCUCUUGUCUGUUCUGUGGGCGCAGCCAUUUGGAAUCGAAGGCAUUCCGGGAAAGACUGGUACCUCCAUUUACACUAUGGUGGCGCUAGUAAUUUCGGACUGAACUUCUUGACUUUCAUUAUCCUUUUCAACAAUCUCAUUCCCAUCAGCUUGUUGGUUACAUUGGAAGUGGUGAAAUUUACCCAGGCAUACUUCAUAAAUUGGGAUCUUGACAUGCAUUAUGAGCCCACAGACACGGCUGCGAUGGCUCGGACAUCUAAUCUGAAUGAGGAACUUGGCCAGGUUAAAUACAUUUUUUCUGACAAAACUGGGACCCUGACGUGCAAUGUGAUGCAGUUUAAGAAGUGCACCAUCGCGGGUGUGGCCUAUGGCCAUGUCCCUGAACCUGAGGAUUAUGGGUGCUCGCCUGAUGAAUGGCAGAGCUCACAGUUUGGAGAUGAAAAAACAUUUAAUGAUCCAUCACUGCUGGAAAAUCUGCAGAAUAACCAUCCAACUGCACCUAUCAUCUGUGAGUUUCUCACAAUGAUGGCAGUCUGCCACACAGCUGUACCAGAGAGAGAAGGGGAGAAGAUCAUUUAUCAGGCAGCAUCACCAGAUGAGGGAGCGCUGGUCAGAGCAGCCAAGCAGCUGAAUUUUGUCUUCACAGGAAGAACCCCUGACUCAGUCAUCAUAGAUUCACUGGGGCAUGAAGAAAGAUACGAAUUGCUCAAUGUCCUGGAGUUCACCAGCGCUAGGAAAAGAAUGUCGGUGGUGGUUCGCACUCCAUCGGGGAAGUUACGGCUUUACUGCAAAGGAGCUGACACGGUAAUUUAUGAACGACUUGCAGAGACUUCAAAGUACAAAGAAAUCACCCUAAAACACCUGGAACAGUUUGCUACAGAAGGGCUGAGAACCUUGUGUUUUGCUGUGGCUGAGAUUUCUGAGAGCGACUUUGAGGAGUGGCGGGCUGUCUACCAGCGCGCAUCCACCUCAGUGCAGAACAGACUGCUGAAGCUGGAGGAGAGCUACGAGCUGAUCGAAAAGAAUCUUCAGCUACUUGGAGCCACAGCCAUCGAGGAUAAAUUACAAGACCAAGUGCCUGAAACCAUAGAAACUCUAAUGAAAGCUGACAUCAAAAUAUGGAUCCUCACCGGGGACAAGCAAGAAACUGCCAUUAAUAUUGGACACUCCUGUAGACUUCUGAGGAGGAACAUGGGAAUGAUCGUUAUAAAUGAAGGCUCUCUUGAUGCCACGAGGGAAACUCUCAGUCGGCACUGCACCACCCUUGGAGAUGCUCUUCGGAAGGAAAAUGAUUUUGCUCUUAUAAUUGAUGGGAAGACCCUCAAAUAUGCCUUAACCUUCGGAGUCCGGCAGUAUUUCCUGGACUUAGCUUUGUCCUGCAAAGCUGUCAUUUGCUGCAGGGUUUCUCCUCUUCAGAAGUCAGAGGUUGUUGAGAUGGUCAAGAAACAAGUCAAAGUCAUCACACUUGCCAUCGGAGAUGGAGCAAAUGAUGUCAGCAUGAUACAGACGGCCCACGUGGGUGUUGGGAUAAGUGGCAAUGAAGGUUUGCAGGCAGCCAACUCUUCAGACUACUCCAUAGCUCAGUUCAAGUAUCUGAAAAAUCUGCUGAUGGUUCACGGAGCCUGGAAUUACAACAGAGUCUCCAAGUGCAUCCUGUACUGCUUCUACAAGAACAUCGUGCUCUACAUCAUCGAGAUCUGGUUUGCCUUCGUCAAUGGCUUUUCUGGACAGAUCCUCUUUGAGAGAUGGUGUAUAGGGCUGUACAAUGUGAUGUUCACAGCGAUGCCUCCCUUAACGCUUGGAAUAUUUGAGAGAUCGUGCAGAAAGGAGAACAUGUUAAAGUACCCGGAGUUGUACAAAACGUCUCAGAACGCUCUGGACUUCAACACCAAGGUUUUCUGGGUUCAUUGUUUGAAUGGCCUCUUCCACUCAGUUAUUCUGUUUUGGUUCCCACUAAAAGCCCUUCAGUAUGGUACAGUAUUUGGAAAUGGGAAAACCUCAGAUUACCUGCUUCUGGGAAACUUUGUUUAUACUUUUGUAGUGAUAACUGUGUGUUUGAAAGCUGGACUGGAAACCUCGUAUUGGACAUGGUUCAGCCACAUUGCCAUCUGGGGCAGCAUCGCGCUCUGGGUGGUGUUCUUUGGAAUCUACUCAUCUCUGUGGCCUGCCGUUCCCAUGGCCCCUGAUAUGUCUGGAGAGGCAGCCAUGCUCUUCAGCUCUGGAGUCUUCUGGGUGGGCUUGCUCUCCAUUCCCGUGGCCUCCUUGCUUUUGGAUGUGCUAUACAAAGUCAUCAAGAGGACUGCCUUUAAGACAUUAGUGGAUGAAGUUCAGGAGCUAGAGGCAAAAUCUCAAGACCCAGGAGCAGUCGUACUCGGGAAAAGCCUCACGGAGAGGGCACAGCUGCUCAAGAAUGUCUUUAAGAAGAACCACGUGAAUCUGUACCGCUCCGAGUCCUUACAGCAGAACCUGCUUCAUGGCUACGCCUUCUCUCAAGAUGAAAACGGCAUCGUCUCCCAGUCGGAAGUGAUCAGAGCCUAUGAUACCACGAAGCAGAGGCCAGAUGAGUGGUGACUGGGCAGCCCGAGCAACAGGCCCCUGCUGUGUCUCUGAGGAGAGCUGUCACAGUCUAAGGUCAUCACUGCAUCUGUCGACCAAUUCCAGUCUGGUCCACGGGGAGGAGAGAGCGGAUCUGAGCUCAUCUCACAGGCGGACUUCAUGGACGUGAGCGCUGUGUGACUUCUGUAACACCAUCGCCCUCAGAUGACCUCAAGUACCUGCUAAGGCUUUGUAAACCGAUACUGGAAAUGACCUUGUAUCUUGCCAGAGUGCUUUCUCUAAAUGGGGACAGGUCAGUGUUCACAAGCCGUCCCCCGGGGGCUGUAGCUAUCAGUUGAUUGGCUCAACCACCAGUCAAUCAACCAAUUAAAACAACAGCUCUGAAAUGGUGUUAAGGGAAAGACUGUUGAUAUAUCCAGAUUUUAGGAUAUGCUGAAAACAAACCAGCGUUUCGCGACUCACCCUCCUGAGCACUUCUAAACAAGGCAUUAAUACGUGUUUGUGUCAAAAAGUGUCUUGCUAAGUGUUUGCCAAAGACGUUGAGCGUGUGUUUCUCACUCAGUAGUCACCUGCCCAGAAAGUUAAAAGAAAGUUUCCUCACAGUACUGCUGUGCAAUCUGCAUGCUUGACUCUUAAACCAUGAGCGUGACUUGCAAAAACUGAGCAUUUCCAGGCAUUUGCUACUCAAAUCUGUGAUGUCGCACCUUCAGCCUUACGACUGCUUCUCUGUCCUUUGUCUUCUUUGUCUGUUCCAGUCGGAGGGAUCUGUGUCCGUGUGACCGUUGUUACGAACACUGGCUUUUCCUUUUUUUUCAAUUGUAUUUUCUGUCAUGUCUGACGAACUUUAGAUGUUCCUAAAAAUCUGGCUUCUGUACAUUGAGGGAUGCCACUUUGUCUUCAGUUUUCCCCUCCUUGAGAAAAUUAAGCUUCCGUAUUUACGGGGGAUCUCCAAAGAUAUUUGGGAUAACCCGGCCGAUAAUGCAUGGGCUUUUUGUCGUGUACAUAGGCUCAGCGCUUGUCCUGUGUUCGCCUUGUUCCUCACUGUGUGUCCCCACUGGAGACGAUUCAUGUAGCACAGUUGGUGUGAUGGCGACUACCCAUAUGCUUACACCUGAAAAUGAUUUCACAGUUCACUCGGCCAGCAGGUCCCAAACCUGAGUCACGUGCUGCUUGUUGGCACGAGAGAGACAGGUAACACAUUUCCCUCAUUUUAAGGAAAUCCCUAUUUCACUCCGGCCUGUAACCUUCCAGUCAAUGACCGCUUCUCACCAUGAGCAGGGUUCACUGAUGUGUUUUCAAAUAUGCGUUCACUCUAGUUAGUGUGGCAUUUCCAUGAACUCUCCUGGGGGAAAAAUUUUGCCUAUUUUGCUACCUACAAUAAAUGGUGAAGGGGCUGUUUAAAAACCACAGCCGGUUUUCUACAGUUUUUACAAUAUUUUUUUCACCUUAAAAGAUAAAAAGGGAGUUCUAGUUUUCAGAUAACACUUCAGAGAUUGAAACAAACUCUUUUUGCCUUCUUUCCAAAAGCCUGUUUGCCUUUAAGUGGACUACCAGCAAAAAAGGGACCUUUGAAUGCUUGCAAGAACUAGAAAGUAGGGGAUUACUCCAAAUUACUCCCAUUUACUCAUUCACAUUAAUUAUCCCCCCCCUUUUAUCAUUCUGGAUUUAAAAUUAGACUGUGUGUCUCUUCCUUCUCUAAAUUUGUAGCAAGUUACCAGUGUGUCUCCACAUCACCUACAAGGAAGAGGGUCUAGACAUUCACAUAACUCUAAAGGGAGCAGCGUGGACAUGCUCCACAUGUCAAACCAUCCCUUUUAGAGCUUAGAUCAAGCGACAGGUGAAUCAAACUUCUAGCAGAACCACCCACGUAGAAUCUGAGGUGACCUUUCAGAUUGUGGGGCUGCGGACUUUAACUGUCUCCCAACUGAAUCUAGAGAGUGGGUUUUCCUUAGCCUUCUGGUGGUGACAGUUGAGGUCAUACCAUAAAAAUGAGCGGUUACCCAAAAACGGCUUGCUUCCCUUGGCCCUCGCCAAGUCGUCUGUCUCCAGAUUCCUUACCUCAGAACAUUGUGAAUGAGGACGGAAUCUUCUGACGGCCACAUGAACGUCUAAAGUCAUCUUUUGAUCUUGAAUCGUGAAUUAUUUUGAUGGAACUCUUCCACAUGAAAACACUUGUGGUUAAUCAGUGUGCAUCAUACCCUGAAAUGAGAAUCUUGAUGCCUUUUUGUCCCUGGAUCCUGUGUCAGCCUCUGUGUUUCUUGGGUUGAGGAGAACACCAGGGAGUGUUCUUGGGUGAAACUUGAAAUAGAGAAUUGCUAUUGCAGUGGGUUUAUGGAGACUUAAUACUCUUGAGUUUUAACCUUUGUCAGCUGGAGGGAAAGGCUCAUGGUUUUGCCAGGAUUUGAAUGACUGCAGUCAGAGUAACUUUAAACCUAUGUUUUCCAAAGUAAACAACAUAUAACUGCAAUUUAAAAGUUCCCCGAAGGGACUCUGGUAAAUGCUGACAUGACUGCUUUGUAAUGUUUACAAUCUAGAAAAUACUAUUUAUAGCAGAAAAGCCUCAUUAGUUUAUCACUGGAAAGCUGGUGGUUGGGUCAUUCAUGUCGGAAUAUACACAGUAGUAUAGAGCAUGAACUUUCUCUGUGUGUUACAUGUACAUGUAAAAAUACAUUGCUGUCUCACCCCCUGGACAAUGCUAUAUUAUGGAAGGUGUUAUCAGGAAAGCAGUGUUCUCAGGAACAUAGGAAGUCUCACAUGGUGACUGUGCCUCUUGGCUGGCACUCCACUCAGCGCUCUGUGUGAGACGGCAUCAGCAGCAAAAAGAACUGACUGGCUCACUCCCUCCCACCCGGGCAGAUGAAGGGAUGCUGCCAGAUAAGGGAGCCAUGAACUGUGUUGUUGUUAAAGAGAAUCAGUGAGCCCCUUUCCUUUCUAACAGACGAAAUGAAUCCUAGAAAUGAUCAGAAUGAUGUACUCUCAGCAUUUCAUUACACAUUUUAAUUUUUCCAUUCAGUAUCCCAGACAGCUGGUGUGAUAAUAUUCACAGGUUAAUUUGUUCUAUGCUCAGUACCACACUCAUGAGCUGCCAUUGGAAAACACCCUUUCAGGAAAUGAAUGCUAGUCAGAGAGCAAUAGAGGGCAUCCUUUUUAAACAGUGUAUAGAUAUUCUAAAGCUACCUAGUCAUCAUACAGUUGGUUUGUUAUGGUUCCUGGUCUUAAAACUUGUAUCAUGAAAUGAAUCUUUAAUAAUUAAAUUACAAAAUGUAUCAAGAAAAUGCCCCACUCAUUGACCACAUGUGUGACAUUCCAAUGUGUGUCCAUUGCUUACAGGAAGACCACGUGGCUCCAUGCCUAUAAUGAUGGGUAUUACAGUGAUCUGUAAUGAUGAGUAUUUCUUGACUACAUAGCACAGUCUGAUUUUUCUCACAAUAAAAUAAAACACUUGUGAAACUUCGUUAUACUUUUCAGUUAACCUUCAGCAGCUCUUAAAAUGGAAUGUAAGUUAAAUUUUAAGAAAAGGAAAUAAGUGCUUUUCAUGUUUCAUAUUGAUCUUUUUUCUGUAGGAGAACAACUGUUUGAGUUUUUUGUUUUGUGUGUGUGUUUGUUUGUUUGUUUGUUUUGGUUUUUUGAUAAGUUUUAUUAUGAUUUGCAUGAACUAAUAAAGUGAUCCAGCCAAAUGUGUGGCUUUUGUGUAAAUCUCAGUAUUUAUUUCUGUCUUAUAAAACUUUAUCAUGGCCUAACUAGUAUUGAAUAUUCAUUGGACAAAUUAAUUGGUCCUCCACACAACUUUUUUUUUAAUGGUUAUUUCACAAGUUUCAAUAAAUUUAAUUGAAUUUUUUUUAUUAGCUGGAUCUUCUGUUCAGCUUGCCUCCAACAACUUUUCUUUAGAAAGUUCAUGAAACCCCUCAGCAGCAGGAAGAAAGGUUAAUUGCAUAUGUGCAUACUUGAAAUGACAGCAAAUUUCCAUAGGCAGGUCUACUACGGCAAAGAUGUGAGCAGAAUUUUUUUUUAAUUAUUAUUCCCAGUCAUAGACUAGAAGCCAUAAAUGCAGUGAGAGCUCUUUGUUGCUACCCUCUUCAAGCUUCAUUUUUCACUUUUUCAAGUGUAUUAAGUUAAAAUAAGAAGGCAGCCUUGGAAGGCAGCUAUGAAAAGCUGUGGUCUGCAUUAAAGAUAAAAUGGAUGUUCAGCUCCAUGGAAAAGCCAUUUUUGCCGAAACUGCUGUAAAGACUGACGCUGCAUGAGUGGAGAGUAUGAAUCUGUGCUUAUAGUGUUUCUCUCAGGUUUGUGUAUCUUGAUGUUUGAUGCACUGUGUUUUAUAAAUAGUUACUACCGUUGAGUAAAAUCCAUUUCUAGGCACUGUUAUGUGUCAUUGGCCUUUUGUGAAUGUGCAUGUUUUAAACUGCAAAUUUUAAACAUUUUGUCCUCAAAUUGUUAUUUAAAAUAAAAUAAACUUUACCAUUACAUAAA